GACACGGUGUAGAACAAAAACAGUUUUUACUUUUAUUAUUAUUUUAUAACUGCUAGUUUUGCUACAAUUCCAACUUUUUUUUUGACUCUUCCUAUUUCUGCCGCAUUGAUAACGCGGCUGAUCGACGUUGUGUGUUCCUCCUCUCGGUUAUUCGACAACCUGGAGUGCACAGUAAGCUGGAACCAUGUCACUCUACACAUGGAGACUGACAGGAUGACCCCGCGGUUGUUUUACUAGAAUUAUCUGGGCAGAAGGACGAAUGAUGAAGGACCGACUGGUGGAGCUGACCUCCGGUACACCACAAGCAGAGGAGGAUGUGGCAGUCGCAGUGGACAGAGAUGGUUUCAUGGAGAGCUUUUUCAGAAGGGUGGAAGAAGUCAGAGGACUCAUGGAUAAGAUCUCUUACCAAGUGGAAGAGGUGAGGAAGAUGCACAGCAUGCUCCUGUCUGCACCCCACCCAGAUGCCAGAACAAAGGUCCAACUGGAUGCACUGACCAACAAUAUCAAAGGCAAUGCCAACGUGGUGCGAACUAAACUGAAAUCCAUGGAGAACAGUAUGCCCAAAGACGAUGGAGCUAACAGAUCCUCUGUUGACAUCAGGAUCCAGAAAACGCAGUACACAGUGCUAUCCAGGAAGUUUGUGGAGGUCAUGACCCAGUACAAUGAGACUCAAGUGUCCUUUCGGGAAAGAAGCAAAGGAAGGAUCCAGAGACAGCUGGAGAUAACUGGAAGAGUGACCACCAAUGAAGAACUAGAGGGCAUGUUAGAAAGUGGAAAUCCAUCUAUCUUCACAUCUGAUAUCAUUUCUGAUUCCCAGAUCACACGUCAAGCCCUGAGUGAGAUUGAGUCCCGACAUCAGGACAUCAUACGUCUGGAGUCGAGCAUCAGAGAGCUCCAUGCGAUGUUCAUGGACAUGGCAAUGUUGGUGGAGACUCAGGGCGAAAUGGUGAACAACAUCGAGAAGAACGUCUCCAAUGCAGCCGAAUACAUUUGCAGUGCAAAGGAAGAAACCAAAAAAGCUGUGAGAUACCAGAAAAAAUCCCGACGGAAACUUCUCGGCCUUAUCAUGUGUGUGGCCGCUGGAUUACUCCUUUUACUUAUCAUAAUAGUUGGAGUCUUUGAGUCAUGAGUCACAUCAUCACAGCAGUCAGCUGUAUGCAGCUCCAGUAGUGAAGAAACAAAGAAGGGCUUCAUAAGAAGACAACAAUAAGUCAUUCACUAUCCAGGAGCAUUACAGAGGGGGUCUCUUGACUGCACUGGAGUAAGUAUAAUGUGUGUGAUCCACUUCGCACCAGUAACAUCAGACCUCAUGAUAUACCGUCCUGAAGCAAGUCUGUACUGUACAGCUAGAACAAAGCAUCCUGUCAGCACACGUCCUUUUCCCUUCGCGGUCCUAGAAUGAAGCCUGACAGCACAUCAGAUUUGGAAACUGUUGCACAUUCUGUUUUGCUGACCUUUUUUCAUGUAAAAGGUAGGGUUGGUAAUCUUCUUUAAAAAAAUAUUUUUAUAUUUCUGUUGAAAUUGCCAUUACAACUAUCAAUGAAUCUAAAGAAAUCCAGUAUGUUAUGACAGGCUACCUGCCUGUCUACCUGCUGCCUGUCUACCUGUCUACCUGCUGCCUGUGGACUCACACAAGCUGCCCACUUGACAGCUGUGAGUACUCACACGAGGCGUGUUCAUUGUUUACGUCCAUAAUGAUAACUUUGGGGUAGUGGCUUUGGUUGUAAGGCGGUCAGUGAUGCCGACUCUUUUGAAACUAAUGCUGCUUCCUACUUUCAUUUGAGAGAAGAGUCAGCGACACGAGGCUGGAGGUUUUGGGUUGGAUUUUUUUUUUUAUUUAGCCUAUUUUUUAAAAUGUAGCCUAUUUUUGAUAUUUUCUUAAGAUUACCAGCUCUAGCUUGAAACAUCAUUUGUGGAUAUUUAUUUGUUAAAUUAUAUGUUGGUAAAUUAGCUCAUUCGUCUUCUUGGCGAACGUUGUAUAAGAAGAUUGCUUUCCUCUCAUGUUUGUACCAGCAGCAGCUGUGAUAGCUUAGUUUAAGAUAAAGCUUAGCAUAACAAACAUUUAGCGUGGCUCUGCCAAAAGUAACAAAUCACUUUACAGCUUUACAUGGGAAUAUAUGCCAAACUGGCCAGGAGCCGUGACUUCCCAAAGUCUUGAUGUCAUUGUGAGGUUGCCAGGUAACUAGCAGAUGCUCCAGGAGGCCACUUUGUCUGCCACAUCGGCCUCCGUAAAUCCACAAUGUGUCGUUUUUACACUUCUGUUUGUGUACAGAUUAAACAAACAAGAUAUGACGUGGUUGUAGGCUGAUUUUGUUCGCUUUGGCAGAGCCAGGCUACCUGCUUUGUUCCCGGUCUUUGUGCUGAGCUAAGUGACUGCAGCUUCUGUUAUUGUCAAUUCGUUUUAAUUGACUACUAUACUGCACUUUUUGACCCUUUGUCUGUGAAAAGUGCAAUAUAAAUAAACCGUACUUACUUACUUAGCCUACUUACUUACAUGAGAGUGAUAUCCAUAUUCUCAUUUUACUCUGAACAAGAAAACGAACUAGCAUUGAACGAUAGAGAUAUCGUGACAAUUGUCUUUAUAAAUGAAUUGCAUAAUUUGUGUUUACAUGUGCAAGUGUAUUCUCCUUAUUUUCUCUUUCUCUUAUUUAUACAUUGUCCACAAUUCAUGUGAAUUGAAUGUAAAACUACUACAGCUCAGGAAGGAGUCCUUUACAAAUAGAACAUUUAUUUUCUCUGUAUUUCUUGUUUCUUGUUGAAUGUAUCUCAAUCACACUAAAUAUUUUCGUAUCAAUCAAAUUAAAUUGAUUACCAUAUUCAAUAAAAACUCAAAAUCACCAACUGUAUAAAAGUUCCUUGUUAACAUUUACCUUAACUUAUUUAAUAUUAUAUUCUUAUUAUUCUUAUUAUAUUAUAUCACAAUCAAGUUGUGUCAUGACUGAAAUAUUGUUUGUGAAAAGAGUUACGCUACAUUGUAGGACUCUUGGAUUAUGUUAUUUCAAGAGCACUAUUUGUUAUUUUGAUACAUUUCUUGUAAGAUAUAUCUUGUAUUUUAUAUUGAAACAGAAUAAUUAAGUCAUGUAAUUAAAUAAUAAAGAAUAAAAAGACAUUGCACAGUG